AUGGCUAGAUGCAUGAAGACUCGAAAAGGAAGAUUUGUGGCUGAGCUUAUGUCAGCUAGAAAAGCUAAGAAGAAUGCUGGUAUUGGUCCCUUCAAAUCUUGGAGCAAGGUUGAAGUGAAUAAGAGGAAAGUUAGAGAAGAUUCUGAGUCUGAAGAGGAUGUUGAGGAAGAUGUCCCUGGCAUCUCUCCUGUGAAGAAAACCACUGUGAGGAAGUCUCCUGUUAAAUUUGUUGUUGUGCAUUUGGAUAACAUCUCUUUCGAUCUUGAGGAUGGAGCUACCAAGUGGAAAUUUGUGAUUCAAAGAAGGGUGGCUGUGGAAAGGGAGUUGGGAAAGGAUGCUGCUGAAGUCAAGGAGGUCAUGGACCUGAUAAAGGCUGUUGGGUUGUUGAAGACUUUGGUGUUUGUGAGAGGUAUGGGUAUCACAUUCUCUCCCACUAUUAUUAACAAUUUUCUGGGAAGAAAAAUUGAGGGUGCAGGUGAAUUGGAAGCUACAGACAAUGAGGUAUGUAGAGAGAUUACAGCUAGGCAGGUGAAAGGCUGGCCUAUUAAAAAGCAUCUCCCUGCUAGGAAGUUGACUUUGAAGUAUGCUAUAUUGCAUAAAAUAGGAGCUGCAAAUUGGGUGCCUACCAACCAUAUUUCCACCAUUGCUAAUACCCUUGGAAGCUCGCUUACUGCUGAUUAUGUACUUGGUUUUGUAACCCUUUAA